AUGCAAAGCCCGGAUGAAUGCGCCCGAAAAUACCAAGAAAUGGUCACCACCAGGCCCGAUUUAAUCGAUCAAGAACCGUCUGACACUGUCUACCACUCGGCUUUGAGCCCGAAAGCCAGCAUCGGGAAGCCGAGCCAAAGGCGCUCCUCCUCCCGGGCUUCUAAAAAGGCUCCCACGACCCUUCUCAACGUGAACGCUAGUAACUUUCAGGCCCUCGUGCAAAAGUUCACGGGCUGUCAAAGUGAGUCUACAUUGUACGAGAAUUACAAAGGCCCGAUUAAUCUGAACUUUGCGCAGUAUAAAGCUGAACAGGGCAGUCAACCGUGGUACGAAAACAGCCGGUUAGAUCAAAGUUCGUCUGCGUUCAACACGAACGAUACUACUACUGCUGCUAUUACUGCUACUGCUAACAGUAUCAAUCUUGCAGUUAGUGAUGAUCGUGAUUUCGGCUCGUUUUUUCCAACUGUCGAUUAUGAUAUGAGGAUUGAUAGCCCGUUGAGUCUCGGUUAUUUCGACCCGGAUAAGUAUUCGAAACCGGAAGAUUAUCCUGGGUUAGCCGGAACAAGUGGCGAUGACUUUUGGGGAUGUUGA